AUAGUGCAGUUUGACCCUCAAGGAUCAGUGGCGACAACACGAGAGUUGUUAUAGCACAAAAGUAGAGAAUAGAGUUGUUAUAGCACAUAGGUAUAGUACAGCAAUAGUAACUGAAAGUGCAUGUAUAUGUAUGCCACUUCAAGUCUCACACGGCUUCCUUAAAGCUUUUUUUUUAGUUUUUUUUUAAAUAUGAUCGCCUGUCGCAGAAGGAUAUGUCUACAAGGACCAGGCUGUCUUCUGCACGGAAGCAUUCACUGAAUUCCUCAGGAGUAGGUGCUGUGCUGAAAUUGGCAUUGAAUCUGAUAAAUAUUACUAUUCACAAACAUUAUUAACGCAACUUUGGUGUGAGAUAUCAGAACAAUGAAGAAUCAGGAACCAGGGAAACCGACGUGUGCAUAUUUUAUGGCAUGACUUAAAACGAGUUGUGUAGACCCAAUUAGACCUAAAAUUAUUAUCUAUGACGGCAAAAAACAAAACUUUAUUUCCAGUAUUAUAAGCCCACACCCGCUCUCUAGCCAAAUUUAAACAGUACCCAUGAGAUAAGUGAAGUUACGGUCUGAGUCAGUGUCGGCUGUGUAAAGCUAUGAAACAAUUGUCAACUGCUGUGAUUCUCUGACUUCAUCGCAAGCGGUUAAAAUUUGGAUAACCCCUGCUGAGAAACCUCAGGCUCUCAUUCCAUGCGUUAGAGUGUAAUGAUGUUCAACAAGUCACAUUAUGUAAUCUUGGAUCGAGACGAGCGCUGCUCCACCCAAAUCAUCCCUGCAAGAACACCAAGAUAGCAGAUAAUAAGGCACGAGUUAGAGCAUGCUUUCUCAACUGCUAUGUUCUACUUUGUUUCCUGAAACAGUUGGUGCAUAAUGCAGCAACUGAGAGGGUGUUUCAACACUCUUCUUUACAUGAAUAUGCAUUGAUUUAACUAGGUUACUUUUCUGCGUCUUAAAAAAAAGAAUAAAAUAACCAUUAGAACCUAAAGUAAAUGUGCAAAUUCAUAUUUAUCUAACCCUAAAAAUAAAAUAAAACACCAUGAGCACUGCAUGAGUUAACAUUAUUCUAACUCCCAUUCCAUAUUUAAUUGAAUUGAUUGAACAUUUAAUGAAAACUGGAUGAAAUGGCUAACAGGACGCCACAUCACAUAUUAUUUGUAAUCAUUGGGCUUUACUUACUUACUUACUUACUUUACUUACUCAUCAAUAGCAAUCUUGUCAGUUCCAUACCAUAGUUCCAUCCGCGGAGUUGCGUCGGGAGCUGAUUGGCUCCUGGUCCCUCGCUUGUGAUUGGCUCACCCUCAGUUCCGGGGUUCUAAUUGAACUCUGAGUUGAGCUCGCAGAAGAGGAGAGCCACUCUUGAAGUGGGAGGGUAUACUGCCUGCCACGAGCAACGGAGUUCGUUUCCUAAACGUUAACACUCAAAAUGAGACUAAUCCUUUAUCGGCCUGAGGUCUGGAUAUAAAUCAAACGUGGAAACUACUCAUUUAAUUCAUCAACAGAAAGGAAACCUCUGGAGUUGAACUUUUUCUCGCAUUGACGGAUCACGUAGGGCCGGUGGUGAAAUAACUCCGAAGCCCGAAAUCAAUGGGAAGAUAGUUCUGUUUUUUUGUAGUACUGCAGAAAGUCCCAAAACACGCAAUCAAUUAUGGCUGGGAUGAGUAACUCUAACAUGAAGACCCUAGAGGAUCUCACUCUCGACUCCGGCUACGGGGCAGGGGACUCCUGUAAGUCUCUCAGCCUCUCCUCGUCCAAGUCAAACUCGCAGGCGUUCGUGAGCACUCCGCAUCGGGGCAACUGGUGGUACUACUCCGGGUCGAUGAACAGCAGGAAUAACAGUUGGGACACGGUGAACACAGUGCUACCCGAGGACCCCGAGGACAUUUUCUCCAAGUGUCCACGACUGCCAGAUUUAGAGGAGUUUCCCUGGACCGAGGAGGACGUGGGCAGGAUCCUACGCAAAGUGGCCAGCAAGGGCCCCGCGUUCUCCAGCGAUGCUGUCCGGAGGCUGUCCACCCUGAUGCGCAGGGCUCUCAUCCGCAUCUCUAGAGAGGCGCAGCGGCUGAGCGUCAUGCACUGCCGCUGCACUCGCUUUGAGGUGCAGAGCGCCAUCCGGCUGGUGCUGAGCUGGUCGCUCGCAGACCAAUGCGUAUCGGCCACUGUGAAAGCCAUCUCCAUGUACAACAUGAGCGCAGGCGAGUUACUACGCAAGGGCAAGUCCGCCAGGUGCGGGCUGACCUUCCCGGUGGGACGCUUCUUUCGGUGGAUGGUGGACACGCGCAUCGCUGUGCGCAUCCACGAGUACGCUGCCAUCUGCCUGAGCGCGUGCAUGGAGGCUCUGGUGGAGGAGGUGGGCGCGCGCGUACUGAUGGCCGACUGUGGGGCUUCCAGCGGCGCCCUCACGGCAGAGGUGCUGGAGGGAGUCGUAAACAAUGAUGCGGAACUCUGGGGGGUCCUUCAACAGCACGAACAUCUGAUAUGCGGGAAGAACGCAAACGGUGUGCUGUCCCUGCCGGCCCACUUCAGUCCCUACACGGAGCAGUCGUCUGGCCUGGAGAGCAGGGAGGACGCCUACGCCCAGCUGGAGCUCCGCACCCUGGAGCAGUCCCUCCUGGCCACCUGCGUGGGCAGCAUCUCAGAGCUCAGUGACCUGGUGUCGCGGGCCAUGCACCACAUGCAGCGCCUGAGCUCGGUGCGCCCGGGCUUCAGUCCAGCGCGUCACGCCCGGCCCCAGCCCGUGUCCUGGUCCCCGGACGCCCUGCACACGCUCUACUACUUCCUGCGCUGCCCGCAGAUGGAGUCCAUGGAGAACCCCAACCUGGACCCGCCACGCAUGGCACUGAGCAAGGAGAGGCCCUUCCUGCUGAUGCCCCCGCUGAUGGAGUGGAUGCGGGUGGCCAUCGUGCACGCCGAGCACCGCCGCAGCCUGCUGGUGGACAGCGACGACGUCAGGCAGGCCGCCCGGCUGCUGCUGCCUGGCCUGGACUGUGAGCCUCGGCUGCUCAAGCCAGAGUGCUGCUUUAGCUCCUUCAGGCGUUUGGAUGCCAAAGCCGCCACAGAUAAGUUCCAGUUGGACCUGGGCUUCCGGAUGCUCAACUGCGGACGCACCGACCUGAUUGGCCAAGCCAUCGAUCUGCUGGGUCCCGAUGGGGUCAAUGCCAUGGAUGACCAGGGCAUGACGCCUCUGAUGUACGCCUGUUCCGCUGGGGACGAGGCUCUGGUCCAGAUGCUGAUUGAUGCCGGAGCCAACCUGGAUGUGGCGGUUCCAGUGUGCUCCCAAAAGCAUCCUUCAGUUCACCCUGACAGCCGUCACUGGGUUGCCCUGACAUUUGCCGUGCUUCAUGGACACAUCUCAGUGGUGCAGCUCCUCCUGGACGCGGGCGCUAACGUGGAGGGCGCAGCUGUCCGGAACGGCCAGGAGUGCGGCGCUGACACCCCUCUCCAGAUGGCCUCUGCAGCAGGGAACUAUGAGAUGGUGACCCUGCUGCUGGCUCGAGGGGCGGACCCUCUGCUCAGAGCCCAUGAGGGGAACAUGCUGACGGCUUCUCUCUAUGAAGACAUGAACUGCUUCAGUCAUGCUGCCUCACAUGGCCACAGGAACGUGCUGCGAAAGCUGCUGGCACAGCCACAGCGGGUGAAGGAGGACGUGCUGUCACUGGAGGAGAUCCUGGCUGAGGGGGUGGAGGGCGAGGAGGUGGAGGUGUCGGGCCGGAACGGGGACUGCCUGACUGGAUCCAGAACCAGAAUCGGAGGCGGAGCGGGAGCCCCACCACCUUCUCCGAGCCCCAGCUGCCAUUCGGAGACCAGUGGCCUGCGCCUCAGCAAAGCCCGCAUGAAGGCCCUGCAGGAGGCGUCCUUCUACAGCGCUGAGCACGGAUACCUGGAUGUCACCAUGGAGCUCAGGUCCCUAGGUGUGCCCUGGAAGCUGCACAUGUGGCUGGAGUCCCUGCGUAGUGCCCAGCAGCAGUCCCGGCCAGCCGUGGCACUCUCGCUCCUCCGAGACUUCACCUCCAUCAAAGAGGAGGACUACUGCGAGGAGCUGGUCUACCUCGGACUCCCCCUCAUGUUCAACAUCCUCAAAACCAACAAGCAAAAUGAUGCCAUAGCCCAGCAGCUGGCGAGCAUCUUCAGCCACUGCUACGGGCCGGCCCCUCUGCCUCCCAUCCCCGAGGUGAAGGCCGCCCUAUCAGCUCAGCUUGACCCUCACUUCCUGAACAACCAGGAGAUGUCGGACGUGACCUUCCUGGUGGAGGGGAAGCCAUUCUAUGCCCACAGAGUCCUGCUGAUGACAGCCUCUGACAGGUUCAAGUCUCUGCUGGCCCAGAACGGAUCAGAUGGUUCCCAGAGCAAGGACGUCGAAAUCAACGACGUCAAGUAUAACAUUUUCCAGAUGAUGAUGUCCUAUCUGUACUGCGGAGGGACAGAGGCACUGAAGACCAACGUGUCAGACGUACUGGAGCUGCUGUCCGCGGCCAGCCUCUUCCAGUUGGGAGCACUCCAGAGGCACUGCGAGAUUGUCUGUGCUCGGAACAUCAACCUGGAGAAUGGCGUCAGCAUCUACCGCACUGCCAAGGCUCACGGUGCGGCGGAGCUGAGCACCUACUGCGAGGGCUUCUUCCUGCAGCACAUGCCAGGCCUGAUGGAGCGCGAGGCCUUCCGUGGGCUGCUGCUCCUGGGCCCCGGGGGCCGCUGGGGGUCCGGCCGAGAGACCCCGCUGGACGAGAUGGAGGCCAUGCUGGCCCGCAGGCUGCGCUCCCUCUACGUCACCUCCAGAGUGUGAGGAGGAGGUAGAGGAGGAGGAGGUGGAGGUGGAGGAGGAUAGUGAGGAAGGACUCCAGAGGAGUGGCCUCUGAGUGGCUCAGUGCUUUGACCUUUGACCCCCAUUCCCCCUCCUUGGCUGCGCUCGCUCCACAUCGCCUCCAGAGUGUGAGGAAGGGAGGGGCGACAACAACGAGACAGGACUCCAGAGAUGUACCCUUUGAGUGGCUUAGCGUCCCCCCCCCCCCCCCAUAACCCCCUCUCCUUCCCCUGCCUCACGGUCAUUCCUGUUUGGACAAGAUAUGCUUCACCUGUUACCCCACACCUAACAACAUUAAGAGCUGGAGAUGAAAGGACAAGGAGGGAUGUGAAGAGAAUUUGUGAAUUAUGCUAAACUGCCCCCUGGUGGUCGUAAUGAGUAUAACAGACUGAAAGAUAGAAAAAGCUGUCUGAGGCGGCUGCUAAUGUGGGUCGCCAUGUUUGAACCCCUCGGUACGGUAAAAGGACGGCCAUCCUUAAGUCCCCCCCAGAAGGACACCGUUGCGUCGUGCUGUGACGGCGUAGAAAACAGAGCAUUGCAAACGUGUUCUCCUCUUCCUGCAUAGCUGUUUUUAUUUGAAGCUAUAACAAUAAUAAUCUGUAAUGGAGAUGGCAUUGACAUUCUUUGUUUAAAGAAAAUAUGUGAGAUUUAUUUAAAUUUUGUUUUUAUUUUGCUUAAUAUCUAGCAAAUAAAAUAAUAUAAAACCCUG